AUGGCGGGUUCGGCGGGGCUGUCGCUAUGCGGGCAGGCUCUGGUGGUGCGUGGCGGCAGCCGGUUCUUGGCCACCUCUACUGCAAAUAGUGAUGAUGGCAGCCUCUUCAUAUAUGAUUGCAGUACUGCAGAAACAAAGCCGCAGGAAAAUAAAGGGGAAGACGGGCAGCCUGUGGAGAAGGGGAGCGACACCAUCCUGGCUUCCACCUUCUCUGAGUCUGGCAACUAUUUUGCUUUAACUGAUGACAGUAAGCGUCUGAUUCUUUUCCGUACAAAACCAUGGCAAUGUCUGAGUGUCAGAACCGUGGUGAGACGGUGCACCGCCCUGACCUUUACGGCCUCUGAGGAGAAGGUCCUGGUGGCUGACAAGUCUGGGGACGUCUACUCUUUCUCCGUGUUGGAGCCCCAGGGCUGCGGGAAGCUCGAGCUGGGGCACCUGUCUAUGCUGUUGGAUGUGGCGGUGAGUCCUGAUGACCGCUAUGUGCUCACUGCAGACCGAGAUGAGAAGAUCCGAGUGAGCUGGUCGGCAGCACCCCACAACAUUGAGUCCUUCUGCCUGGGACACACUGAGUUCGUGAGCCGCAUAUUUGUGGUGCCCGACCAACCGGAGUUGCUGCUGUCCACUUCUGGGGACGGCACUCUGCGGCUCUGGGAGUACCCAAGCGGGCGGGAGCUACACUGCUGUCUUGUGAGUAGCCUUCAGGAGCCAGAUGCCCCCCAGAAUGAGAAGAGGUUUGCUGCGUCCCGAAUCACAUACUGCCUCCAGAACCACUGUGUUGCCCUGCUGUGUGACAAUAUCCCUGUGGUCUACAUCUUCCAGCUGGACGCCCCUCAGCGGCAGCUAGUUUAUAAGCAGCAGCUGUCCUUCCAACACCGAGUGUGGGAUGUUGCCUUUGAGGAGACGCAGGGUCUGUGGGUCCUGCAGGACUGCCAGGAAGCUCCGCUGGUGCUCUGUCAGCCAGUGCAGGGCCAGUGGCAGUCCAUUUCUGAAAAUGAUGUGCUAAGGAAAGUGUCCGGUCAUCUUCAAGGGAAUUGGGACAUGUUAGAAGGGUCUGCAGGUGUGGGGGACAGCUUCAGCAGUCUGUACAAGGCCACUUUUGACAACAUGACAGCCUACCUGAAGAAGAAGGAAGAAAGACUGCAGCUGCAGCAGCUGAAGAGACAGCGACGAAAGAGCCCACAGCCAGGGCCCAAUGGGCACACCAAGAAGCUGAAAUCAGGUGAAGAAUCCUUGGGCUGCUGA